AUGGUUGUAGAUCCGGUUAUGGUUCCCAAGAUGGGAUUCGAAGAACAGAUUGCCAUACAAGAAGCUGCUUCUGCUGGAUUGAAGAGCAUGGAGCAUCUCAUUCGUGUGCUUUCUUCUCAAACUUCGUCUUCUUCUUCCAAUCAACGUAACCUUUUAGAUCUUGAUUGCACAGAAAUAACUGAUUUCACUGUUUCGAAGUUCAAACAGGUUAUUAAUCUGUUGAAUCGUACCGGUCACGCUCGUUUUCGUCGUGCACCUUGUUCGCAAUCUCAACCGAGAUCUGAGAAAUUGAAUCUUCAACAACCGCAGUCAAUAACUCUUGAUUUCGCAAAAUCAGUCCAAGUAGUUAAGUCUAAUCCAAAUCCGUAUCCGAAUUUGAAUGCUAAAUCUAAAUCUAAACCUAAACCUAACCCUAAUCCAACUGCUGAUUUAUCUGUUUCUCAAUACUCUAAAUCCAAGGAAGCAUUCAGUAUCUCAGCCACUAGUUCUUCCUUUCUUUCCACCAUUACCGGAGACGGAAGCGUUUCCGAUGGUAAAAUAGGUCCUAUCAUUUCCUCUGGAAAGCCUCCUCUUGCUUCAUCUCACCGGAAAAGGUGUCAUGAGGCAACUGUCUCCGGUGCUGCUUCCGGUAAAGUGUCAUCAUCCGGUCACUGCCAUUGCUCUAAGAGAAGAAAAUCUCGUGUGAAGAGAACAAUUCGUGUUCCGGCGAUAAGCACCAAGGUCGCUGAUAUUCCGGCAGACGAAUUUUCAUGGAGGAAAUACGGUCAAAAACCUAUUAAAGGUUCACCUUACCCACGUGGUUACUACAAGUGCAGUAGCUUUAAAGGUUGUCCGGCGAGGAAGCACGUGGAAAGGGCGCAAGAUGAUCCCAAUAUGCUUCUUGUGACAUACGAGGGAGAGCACCGACACCUGCCUACCUUCGGAACCACUGCCGGAUUCACAUCUCAGGCUCACUAA